AUGGCAGCCGCACCUUUGGUGCGCUCGGCAUACCUGGCCCACAACGUCCUCAUAUCCGCCGUACGAAUCGUGGUUCUCUGCGCAGCUCACGACCGGGCUCUGGUCAAGUGGACCUGGCCAGAAUCACUGCCGUCAUUUUUCCCCUUUUUGGCAUCAUGCUCCUUACGAGCCCUGGCAUUUGCUUCCUUUUGUCAAAUGAUAUAG